UCUGCCUGUUUUAAUCCUUCUACACUGAGAACCAAGAGCAGAAGUUCGGAAACAAGGCUGUGUUUUAAACUAAAAUUAUUUGCAACAAUGUGGAAGACUUCACUUGCAAUUGCAACUUUUUGCUUCCUUACCACACUUGCAUCCUGCCAUUAUAGAGAAAAACGCAGUGGCAUUUCGGAUCAGAGAUUGGCCGAAAUAGAAACACUACUGGCACUAGCGAGGCAAGGAAACAGAGAUGUAGCAUAUGGAGUGAUCGAUCCCCUUAGUCUAGGCAAAAGGAAGCGGAGUUACGAUAUGGACAGCUCAAACCAACUGGAAGAUGAUUUCCCCUUGGAUGUACUCCGUGAAGCAAGACCCAAAUAUCCAUCGAACAAAUACGAAUCCCUAAUGUUCUCUCACAGGUUACCAGAAAGACUGUUCCGGUUUAGAACGAAUGAGUUUGAAAACAGAGAUUUACAGAGCAACGACGAUGCUGCCAAGUAGAGAAAAUCUGAAGUAGAAUACCUGUCUACAUUUUGAAUCAAUUUUUUUAUUCUAUUUGUUUAUCUUUCCUAUAAACAUGUUGUGUCGUUGCUCUCAUCAUUUACAUUUGUAAUUAUAUAACUGUAUUUAACAAAAAAUUAUAAAAAUCAUUAUCUCUUUAUUAUUCUAUUAUGUAGCAUUGUUAUGUAGAUAAUUGUAUUUAGACAACUAUUAAUCUUCAUAAUCUGCCUGUUUGUAUAAUUUCAUUUUUGCAUUAUAAUUAAAUUUCCUUUCUUCUGUUU